ACGUUACCCGCGACCGUCACCUAACGCUGGUAAUAGAAUUUGCCAUAUAAAUCUUCCUUAAAACUCCAACACCAGAAGACUCUGAAACAGAGAUACUGCUAAACCAAGCAAUCAAGCAUUUUUUUUCGAGAUUGUUUCGGUCAAGGUGAAGAAGAGAAAGAGAGAAGAAGUAGGAGGCAUGGGAGUGGACUAUUACAAGAUAUUGGGGGUUGAUAGGAAUGCGAAAGAUGAUGACUUGAAGAAGGCUUACAGAAAGCUUGCAAUGAAAUGGCAUCCUGAUAAGAAUCCCAAUAACAAGAAGGAGGCUGAAGCCAAGUUCAAGCAAAUAUCUGAAGCCUAUGAUGUUCUCAGUGAUUCACAGAAAAGAGCAGUGUAUGAUCAGUAUGGUGAAGAGGGUUUGAAAGGCGGUGUGCCGCCUCCGGGUGCCAGUGGUCCGGGAGGAGGUGCAUCAUAUUUCUCCACUGGUGAUGGACCCACGACUUUUAGAUUCAGUACACGAAACCCGGAUGACAUUUUCGCAGAGUUUUUCGGGGUUUCAAGCCCAUUUGGAGGCAUGGGAGGUGGUGGUGGAAUGAGAGGGACGAGGUUUUCAAGUGGAAUAUUCGGGGAUGAUAUAUUUGAAUCCUUUGGGGGAGGAGGAGGUGUAGGUGGUGGAGGAGGUGCUUCGCGGAAAGCGCCUCCAAUUGAGAACAGGUUGCCUUGUACACUCGAAGAGCUUUAUAAGGGAACUACCAAGAGGAUGAAGAUAUCUAGAGAGAUACUUGAUGCAAGUGGGAAGACCAUGCCAGUGGAGGAAAUUUUGACCAUUGAAGUAAAGCCUGGCUGGAAGAAAGGUACGAAAAUAACUUUCCCAGAGAAAGGUAAUGAGCAGCUGAAUGUUACCCCAGCAGAUCUCGUCUUCAUCAUCGAAGAAAAACCCCACAGCACAUUCACUCGAGAUGGGAAUGAUCUGGUGGUUACGCUGAAGAUUUCCUUAGCUGAAGCGUUGACAGGCUACACCGUCCAUCUUACUACUUUGGAUGGCAGGAAUUUAACCAUUCAAAUCAACAAUGUGAUUCAUCCAAACUAUGAGGAGGUUGUUGCAAGGGAAGGGAUGCCAAUCCAGAAAGACCCAACAAAGAAAGGAAAUCUGAGGAUCAAAUUCAACAUCAACUUCCCAUUUAGGCUGAGUGCGGAGCAGAAGGCUGGAAUCAAGAAGCUCUUGGGACCUUGAAUAGAGGUAUCACCUCCUUAAAAAAGGAUUAAAUCUGUGAAUAUAUGAGAUAGAACGAGGCAUCUUGGGCUGGUUUCUUUCCUUCCCAUUCAGUCGAAGCAUUUCAAGUUGAGUAACAUUAUGAUUUUCACAAUUUCUCAUUUGUAAGCUUUGGUUGGUAUUACUGUGCCCUUUUAUAAAGUGAUGGGUGUGCAGCAUGUUGAAGGUCAUAGAUUAAUAAGGUCGGUUUUCUUCUUCAGACUCAAUAAUAACCAGACAAAGAUCACCUUUUCCUGCUCCUGUGAAUCUUAAAAAGGUUGACCUUAGUCUUGAUCAAAUUGUGAGAAGAUAUCCAGAAUGCGAAGGGUUGUGAAAAUGUUGCUAGAAGCAGGUGCAGAGGAGGAGUUGAAAACAGGCAAAAGAGAUGGUGAGCUCUCCCCAUAUUACUACGAGGAGGGAUGAAUCAGCUGGAAGUAAUGUUUGAGAUGGUAGUGACUAUGUACUGAAAUCUCAUUUUCAUUGUAUCUGAUUACAUGGGGCAAAAGGAAUGGGAGAGCAAAUGAGCAAUUUGUUUGAUGGGGAGAUUUGUAUAUGCAUAGUUUGAAAAGCAUAUCUACAGUUAAGUCACACAUUAAGAUUUUUUUUAAAAUAGUGUUGUAGCUGUUAGUGUUA